AUGCACUCUGCACCACGCACUGCGCUGCAAGCAUGCCCGAGCACGAGCACCCGGGCAUAUGCGCCGAGGGCCUGGAUACUUGGUUGCUGGCUGCUGACGGCCAACGACCGACCGCUCGCAACUGACUACCUACACACUACUUCCUACUGCCUGGGUAUGGGUAUCACGCCGGAUGUCGGGCUGGAUGUUGGGCUGGACAUGGGGCUGGACAUGGGGCUGGAAAUGGGGCCUGGGUCUCGCGUGGUUGCCGUUGCGGUCGUGGAUGUAGGCGCAGGCGCACUGCUGGGCUGCUGUGCUGGGGUGGUGGGCUAUGAUGGUAGAUAG